AUGGCGGCGACUGCGUUCCGGUCGGCGGCGAGGAGGGACGCGUUCGGGGCCGCGGAGGGCGACGGCGGCGGCGGGCCCGCAGCGCGCGGCCGGACGCCGGACGGCGCGGGCGGCGGGGGCAGCCUCCGCCGGUCGAGGAGCCUGAGCCGGUUCCCGCCGCCGUCGCCGUCCCCGGAGGACGCGCCGACGCCCUCCUCGAGGUUCGUGACCAAGGUGCGGGGCGGAGGGCCGUCGGGCGGCUUUCCGGAGAUCAGCCUCGACGACCUGGCCGACGAGUUCUUCCGGGCCAGGGUGGAGUCCGAGGACGACGACGAGGAGGUGGUGGUGCAGCGCGGGGAGGACGACUCGCGCGGGCGGCUCAGGUUCCCGGCGCCCGCGGAGAAGGGCCGCGGCGGCCGGCGGAGCUCCACCGCGCGGUACGCCAGGGAGACGGCGUCGUCCAGGCAGCGCGAGCGCUCGGUGUCGCGGCCCCCGCCCGAGCGGCGGGGCGGAGCCGCGGCGGCUGAAAAUGGUGCCGCCGCCGCCAGGAGGCAGAGAUAUGCCUCGGUGGACCGGCGUGCCUCCAUUGGCCGGCAACGGUAUGCCUCGGUGGACCGCCGUGCCUCCACGGACCGGCAGCGGUGGUGUGAAUCGGAUAAUGAUAUGGACUUUUCUCGCCGGUCUGGUUCUAGGGGGACAAAUACUAAAUGUAGCAGUGGCCAUAGUCUGCAGAAUUCACUUAAUAAAUCUAAAGUGAAUCAAACUCUGACAAGGUCUACAAGUCAAAAUGAUUUUGUACAUUUACGAGACAGCGGCUCGAGCCAUUCUUCGUUAACUGAUGAUGAAUCUAGGAAUGCUCAUUCUUUUCAUAGCAGAAGUCACAGUGGAAAUCGGGCUGUUUAUUCCCAGGAGAAGCCAAUUGAAGAUAAUGAUUCAAAUGUGCUGUAUGAUGUGAUGCGUAAAGAAGUGAGGCAAGCUGUUGAAGAAAUCAGAACUCAGCUUGAAAAGGCCGUGACAAACUCUGAACCUUCAGAAAAGGCUAGAAGUGAUGAUGCGCAACCAACCCAGGUUAUUGGUGAACUCCGUAGGAACUACACUAGCAAGUUGGAAGAGUCAGAGAAGAGGAAGCAGGAAUUACUAGCUCAAUUGGCGGCAGAAGAACAACGUGGUCAUGAACUCACAAAAAUAGUUAAAGAAUUACUGCCUACUACUAAGAAGAAUGUUAAACCGGAGAGGCCGCCACCACGCAGAAGAAGGAGCAAUGAUAGAGCAAGGAUGUCGAAAUGCCUUACCAAAGAGGCCGAGCUAUACUUUGAAGAUUUCCUGUCAAAUGUUGAAGAUACUGAUUUUUCAUCGUUUGAUGGUGAAAGAAGUGACACGAGUUCAACUAGACGAGAUGUGGUACUUCGUGCUAUGGCGGAAACUCAUGUAGUCCUUCCAAAAGUUGCACCACCUGUUGUGUCAGACGGUGUUGUCCUUCCCUGGUUGCAAUGGGAAACUAGCAACGAUCUACAUGCCUCCCCAACCACAAUCAAGACACAGGACGCAAGCACUGCAUGCAGCACCAGCAGUCACACCAUGAGCAGCCGUGGGAGCUGGAGCCCUGGAGACCAUGAUAGCUCAGCUGGCUCCAAAGAUGGACUACUCUCCAGGUUCGAUGAGGCCGCGACUCGCCUAAGCAGCUGCCCCGAUAAUAAGCGAGGCACAUCGUUCCAUAUGGACGACUAUCUGCAUCUGUGGAGGAGCGAGGAUUUCCUCUUCGAGCGAUUGAGUCAGAAGCAAAGAAUCGACUAUGGCGGUCUAACCGUAUGCAGGAGGUCGACAAUAAUGUAG